GCGGCCAUGCGCCAAUACGGAAGCGUCCAACGCGGAAGUAACUAUCCGAAUCCACUUUGACGCAUGCAUCCGCACUUUGAGCACUCGCUGUUGCAUUAGACAGAGAGUUUAACUUCAGGAGUUGGUUUCCUCACAUAGCAGAGACACAGAGGGCUGUGCAGAAAGCAGGCAUGUCGUCCGGAGGAGAAGCAGUGUUAGGUGCGGUGGAGACUCCUCUGUUCUGGCUCGGUGCUCUGACCGCGGCCUGGAUCUCCUUCUGCUCCGUGUGCAGGCUGCUUUCCGGGAUCAGGGUGUGGGUGCUGGGCAACGGACGGCUCGUUUCCCCCAUCAAACUGGGCAAAUGGGCAGUUGUCACUGGAGCCACUGAUGGGAUUGGGAAAGCCUAUGCUGAGGAGCUCGCCCGCCGAGGUUUCUCCAUCGUGCUGAUCAGCCGCUCUCAGGAGAAGCUGGAUGACGUAUCCAAGGCGAUCGUGAGUAAAUGUGGUGUGGAGACCAAAACCAUUGCAGCAGACUUCAGUUCUGUGGAUAUCUACCCAGUGAUUGAAGAUGGACUCAAAGGCCUGGAGAUUGGAGUUCUGGUGAAUAAUGUUGGAGUGUCCUAUUCUUAUCCUGAAUUCUUCCUCAACGUUCCCAAUCUGGAUACUUUUAUCGACACCAUGGUCAACAUUAAUAUAACAUCAGUGUGCCAGAUGACUCGCCUUGUUUUACCUGGCAUGGUGGAGAGGAAGAAGGGAGCCAUCCUCAACAUCUCGUCUGCCAGUGGGAUGUACCCGGUUCCUCUCCUUACUGUCUACUCUGCCUCUAAGGCAUUUGUGGACUUCUUUUCAAGAGGACUUCAAGCUGAAUACAAGAGCAAAGGCAUCAUCGUCCAGAGUGUUCUACCGUUCUUCGUUGCAACCAAGCUGAGUAAAAUCCGUCGCGCUACGCUGGACAAGCCCAACCCAGAGCGCUACGUGUCAGCCGAGCUCAGCACCGUGGGGCUUCAGACUCAGACCAAUGGCUACCUGCCCCAUGCCAUCAUGGUAAGUCUGGGGCUGGGUGACUACAGCUCUGCUCCCUGCCAAGAUCCUCAACAGCUACGUGAUGAGUAUGGGUCUGUCCCAGCGCGCUCGUUACCUCAAGAAGCAGAAGCAGGGCUAGACGGACGUGCGGCAGCAGACAGAGGAGGGGGGAGACCGUCUGUGUUAACGACUCGUCCGACUACCAUCAUCAUCACGGACCACGGGGAGGGGAUAUGACAGUUUCUGGGCAACCUCUCCCCCUUUAUGCUCCCAGUCAUAGAUGAGGCGAAACUGGCCCCAGUUGCUGCCACAUGUUUUCCAUCUGAAACAGUUGUGUGAAAAAUACUGAACAAAGUGGCGAUCCUCUCUGAGUGAUCAUCUCUAAUAAAUGGAACACUAACAUGGAAACUAAAACAAUUCCCAAAGCUGUCCAUCUGUCUGCAAAACAUCAUAGGAAAUUUAGCCUGCAUGGUUACGGAGACAGAUAAUUAGGGUGUCUGAGGAUGUCCUUGUUAUGUCUGAUCCUCCUGUGAACUGGCUAUUGGCUGUUUGGGCUGAUUAAAAGCUAUUUAGCACCACUCUGGGUUAUUAUUUACAUACUGCUAAUGUUUUUAGAGCACUUGAACCAUUUCUGACUAACAGAAUUUUCAAAGUUUGUGAAAAGAGCUAUCUCAACUGUUUGAUUAUGUUUUUCAAUUUUUGUUUUCAGAAGCUUCAGAGCACUCAGAUAUUUUUCCUCUCUUCUUGAGAACCAACCUAAGACCAAGACCAAUCUAUUUUUUGUCAUUUUGUUUUGUAUUUAUUUCUUCACGGUAGGAGCUGGUGAAAGGAGGGUUGUGUCCAGUUAAACCAAACUACUAACGUUUGUAUGAAAAUCAUGAAAAGGCUCUGUAAGGCUGGCUGCUCACCUGACAAUUUUAAUAAUCUUAAGCAAGUUUAAAAACUCGGGAGGCCACAGACAUAGGUGUGAGAUUAUCUUAAACAGUAGGAUCCUUCAAACACACAUACUAGAGCAGGGGUGGGAAAAAAAUCAUAAAAUUGGUAAAAAAAAAAAAAUUGGCAAAAUUGGUGUAAAGUGGCAACAGUGUUAUUAGAAAGUGUUUUUAGAUUUUUAAGGUAUCUGGAGACCCCCCUCAGUGUCUCGCGACCCCAACGUUGAGAACCCCUGUACUAGAGGAUAAACCAGACUGAAAGGGCACACACCUGUCAUUUAUAGUCCUGAUUUCAUAUUAGCUGUGGGACUUCGGAAGAAAAUCAAAUAUCAAUGAUGACUGUGAUAUUUCCAACCAGCGGUGACUCCCAGAGUGGAGAAGAAGUGGGGCUAGGCACCCAACUAGAUCAUCAAAGUUUUAACGUGUCAUUUGGAGGUAUUGAAAAUGUUUUUCCACGUCAAUACUUUGCAUGUCCUUCACCAACAUGGCACACUGCCCUUCCUCGUUUCUUGUGGCAUUUAAUGGCCGUACAUACCACCGUCUCUUAAUUUUAUUGCUUUGCAAAACCAGCAGGCUUCGUCAGUGUAGGACGCCAUGACAGAAAAAUGUUAACAACGCGCAAGGACUGUGGAAAAUGUAGGAUUUUACAGAAAUUUCACAGGAAACUACUACGCAUCAGUGCGCUUGACUAUGGAAGCUCUGAUGACUGCGGAGUCCCCUCUGCUCACAGUACGCUCGAGUAUGUUUGGGCCUUUAUGCGCCAAAUUUCAGAGUAGUUUUUCCUUUGUAUUUUGGUGUGAUUUCAGGAAGUCCUCCCAGUGUUAUUUACGAGGACAACUUAUUAUUUCAGUGGCAUAAACUCAUGCAACAUGCUGUAAAACCCCCACCUGUACCGAGGAGUCUUCAUUCAUGAUCAGAUGGAGUUUACUCCGUACUGGAGUGGGAGUGACGAGGGAGCAGUUUGAGAAAGGCCCAUUGUCUAGUGUGCAGCCAGCCUAAAAAAGAACUGAGCCAAAGGAGGAGGAGGAGGAGGGUGGUGGGAAAGAUUUUGUCACAUCCUAAAUAGCUUUUUAAAAUCAUUGUUGCUACCCGUGUUGGACUCUGGUCUCAUUUACUGUCAUAAAAUUCUCUCAACUGCAGUAAAAUCUCUUUGGAUCAUUAAAUCCUGGGAAAAUGAUCAAGUUUGUGUGGUGAUUAGUCUGUUAAAUGUACAUAGACCUCAAGUUUUCUGUCUGUGCAAUCGGAUAUACUCACAUCGGUCCAGUCAAGCUUUGUUGAAUCAUUCACUUUUUGACUUUCUCUUUGUAAGUUUGUUGGAUGCGGUCACUCAUGAAGUGUCAUCUCAUCAGCUUUAAGUUGUAGUGUUUACUCUUAAUGGAAAGUUUGUUCUUGACAUUUCACACAUAAAGCAAAAGGGACCAACAUCUGUUUUUUUAGGCUAGUGCUUUUCCUCAAGGGUAAUGGUAUUAGAUAUUUGUCCGGGGUGAAAGCAGAGCAAACUAGAACCAUUAGUAUGUACCGACUUUAGAGAACUACUUUGCAUUUGUCCUUGCAGCCAUCAAUAAAUAUCAGUUUCAAUAA